AUGCAAUCAGUGCCGAGCUUGCCUAUGGUAAUGUCGGGUCCUGGUUUCCAAACUACUGCUCUGCCUCCACAUCCUCCACCCCCACCACCGCCACCCCCUACAUACGCGCAACAGAUGCAGGCUCCAGCUUCUAAUCUCUUAGAAACCUUAAUGAGCAAAGCAGGUCUACCUUGUAAUACACUAAGCGAUUUAAAUCUAAAUAAUAAACCAAAUGACAAACCUGAUUCUGUUCGUGAGAGCUCUCCCAUGAAACAAAUCAACAAACUGUUAAGCUCAGCUGCAAGUUCUCUUUUAAACCAACUUGCAGGUAGCCAAAGAACGGAUGUAGACACUUCCUCUUCUGAUCCAUUGCCACCUCCUCCUCCACCACCGUUACCAUUCCAACAACAUAAUGAGCUGCCGCCAACCACUUCUACUCUGUCACAUUCAUUCGUACCUCCUCCACUCCCAGCAGUAAUUAAUCCGUUUUCUAACAACGAAAUCAGUGACAAAGUGUUGCCUAAUGGUGCAUGUGGAGAAACUAAAACGGAAAGUAAGAAACCUUUUGGAGACAUGAAGAUUGAGGAAGUACUAGCAAAGCGGAAAAGAUACGACUUCUCUUCACGUCGUGAGUGGCAAGAACGUAUCGCCUUGGAAGUAAAAUCAGUUUUAAAACCUGCAUACUCUCUACGACGUAUAAAUAAAGAAGAUUACAAAGAAAUCAUGAAAAAGGCUGUUACUAAGGUAAGAGGUAUCAGUAAAUGUAUACUAGUUCAUUGUAGAUUUCGCGAAGUGGUACUUCUUCAAUCAAUACCGAAAAAAUAA